UGCUUAAAAUAAAAAUAAUUCUUGUAGUCCUGUCUUUCUUUUCUACUUCACUUGUUCCCUCGUCCUCCUUUGGUGCAACUUCAUUUGUUUCUCUUGAGCCAAGAUGUCCUCCAUGGCGGUCUCUGCAAUUGGAUUCGAAGGUUAUGAAAAGAGGCUUGAGGUAUCAUUCUUUGAGCCGGGCAUCUUUGCCGACCCCGGGGGCAUGGGCCUCCGUUCUCUCUCUAAAGCUCAAUUAGAUGAGAUCCUUGAACCAGCUGAGUGCACCAUUGUUGCUUCUCUGUCAAAUGAUUACGUUGAUUCCUAUGUCCUCUCUGAAUCUAGCCUCUUUGUGUAUCCUUACAAAGUUAUAAUCAAAACUUGCGGGACCACAAAAUUGCUUCUUUCCAUUCCGGCCAUCCUUAAAUUGGCUGACGGCCUAGCCCUUUCAGUGAAAUCUGUGAGAUACACUCGCGGAAGCUUUAUUUUUCCUGGGGCUCAGUCAUUUCCACAUCGUUGCUUCUCCGAAGAAGUAGCUGUCCUAGAUAACUAUUUCGGUAAGCUUGGUUUGGACAGCAAGGCAUAUGUGAUGGGUAGCCCUGACAAAGCACAGAAAUGGCAUGUUUACUCUGCUUCUGCCGAAAUGGCGACACAGUCAGGCCCUGUUUACACACUAGAGAUGUGCAUGACCGGUUUGGGUAGAAAGAGGGCAUCAGUUUUCUACAAAACUAGCGAAACUUCCGCAGCUCUGAUGACUGACGAUUCUGGUAUUAGGAAGAUUCUUCCUCAAUCCAAGAUAUGUGACUUUGAGUUUGACCCUUGUGGGUACUCCAUGAAUGCUAUUGAAGGUGACGCAAUUUCUACCAUCCACGUUACCCCAGAAGAUGGUUUCAGCUAUGCAAGCUUUGAAGCAGUUGGGUAUGAUUUUGAAGAUGUGAAUUUGGCCCAGAUGAUUGAGAGGGUUUUGGCUUGCUUUGAACCUACUGAGUUCUCUGUAGCUCUGCAUUCUGACCUUGUUGAAAUGGAACUCGGAACCAAGUUCCCAGUAGACUUGAAGAGCUACCAAUGUGGAGAAAAGAGCUAUGAAGUGCUUGGAUUGGGUGGUGGAUCUCUAUCCUACCACAGGUUUGUCAGGUCUGAAAGCUGUGGAUCUCCUAGAUCAAUCCUGAAAUGCUGCUGGAGCGAGGACGAGAAGGAUGAGGAAGUUGAAAUGAAAUAGUUUGUUUUUAUGUGUUAUUACUGAAUAAAAGUUUGUGGGGUUAUGUUUUAGUCUGAGUAGUAGGACAAUCUGUGUGGCUUUUAUGCGGUGUUGCAUGUUUCCUCCAUUUUCAUUUGAGAGUUUGUCUUUUAAAAAUUGUGUAAUCGAUAUUGAUUCCCUGAUACGGGAUAAGUUGAACCAUUAUUUUUAAUGAUGAGGUGCAUGUUAUUUUUAAUUUUAUAAUAAUACCUAUCUGUGUUGUGAUUA